ACAGUAUAUUGUAAACUGUCAACUUUUCUUCUGCUAAAAAAGAACAUUUUUAGAGUUCUUGAUUAUAUCUAUUAUAUUGCCGCGAGAGAAAUGCAUCAAUGCAUCAAUCUUAGAAAACACAAGAUAUCUUUCAUUCUGAUAUUUUUUGUGGAAAAAGAGUUUCGUGUACUUCUACAGAAUUUGUAUAUUUGCAAAGCAAAAGUAUCGUGGACAAUUAGGACUUCUCGGAAUCACCAUCGAUUUAUAUAAGGAAAAUUCGCCCACAGCUUCCUGGAAGCACUUGAUCGCAUUUUAUCAAAUUAGGAAUUGGGAAACGAGGUGAAAUUAGAAGAAAAGGAGUAUCUAACGAGUCGUUUCGACAUCGGUAAAAUUCGUGAUAAACGCCAAUCGACGCCUAAUAGAGGCGACGACGCUGUUUUCAAUUCCCGUCGGGAUAACGUCGGUCUCUCGAGCGGAACGAGCGACGGAAAACUUCUGUCGGAUUCGAUUUCGUAACGGGAAGAGAAGCACCCUCGCGGGUGGCCGAAGACGGUGAUAGAGGGUCGGUGGGUUACGGGGUAGAUACGUGAUCGUCGUGAGAUGGCUUGUGCGGAGGAGUGAAAAGUGCAGUCAAAGCAGUAUAGCGUGGCUAAAGCCUCCGGAAAAGAGAUUGCAGGCCACUGCAAAUUUUGAUAUAUCCGCGGCGAGGGAAAAAAAAGAGAGGGAAGAAAGAGAAAAAAAGAAAGAGAGAGAGAGAGAGAGAGAGAGAGAGAGAGAGAGAGAGAUGAGAAGCAAGACAUAUGCUGCGAUAGAAGAAGAGAAACUGACAAAAAUCAAGUAAGCGGUGUCAGCGCGUCAGGGGACACCAGAUAUAUUCCCUUUCCUGUAUUACUACUGUCUUUUUUUUUUAGGAAAACGCUAAUGGAUCGGUGGUACGUGGAUCGUAUGACAAUACAAAACUCGAUGACGGAAUAUUAGGGCGAUUUCAUCGAAAUGGUUUCCGUCAAAGCUUCGACUUUCUGUGCGUUGCGUCAGCGGGAUCGCGCGAGAUAGUAUUGAAAUAUUUGUAGAGUCACGCGAUGAUUUCAUUCGAUUGAAAUAGUAUCAAGUAUAAACACGGACGAGAGAAUAGUUGCGUAAAAUUCGAAUGUAGAUAAUUAAACGUAUCCAGGGAAGUAACUAGGAAAUUCGUGUUGUGAAUUAUAAAAGAGUUGAUUGAUUGACGUCAAGGCGAUUGUUGCAGAUCGUGUACUCGAAAUUCGCGACGGUAGGAAAAUGGAAGCAGUGACAAGUGAGCCACACAGAUAUCCGAAACACAAACUAGAUCGUAGUUUGUUAAAUUCGAUAGUCUCGGCGAGCUGUCUAAAACAACGUGCUGUUUAAACGCUGCGUAACGUUAGACAUCAUCCGAGAUGCAACACUAGCGACUGCGUGUAUGCUGAGAGCGAGUGUUAUCGAUUAUCCGGAGAUAACGUUUUGCGACCCUGUUUGCGACCACGAAACUAAAGCAUCGGAUUGACUAUCGAGCAGUGUAUGAUCAAGUGUUUCGGCAAGCGUGUAUACGUGCACAUUAACGAGCUUAUCCGACCGUAAUCGUGGAAAUAUUGAUGGAAAUCCACGGGAAUUGGUCUUCAGUUAACGACUGCGUUUGACGAAAAAUUAGAAAUAAUUUCUGAAAUAAACGAGAAAGGCAAAGAACUUUAUUGUAACAGUUAACACUACGUUGAUAGUAUAAAAAACAAGUGUAAUUUAUUUCGCAAACUUAAAAUAGUAUUUAAGAAAGUUCAGUGACAAUCUUGAUCAAUAAUUCAGCAAACGAGUUGCAAUUCCUGUCGUCAUUCUGUGUACAUAAAGAUACUUAAAUUAAAUGGCGUAAUAUAAAGUUGCUUGAUGUAACAUCUUGACGAUACUCGCGUAAGAUAUAAAUUAAUUGAAAAAUUAAUUAAGAAAAUAACGUAAUUAAUCGAUAGAAUAAUAUACGAAGAAAGCGUGAUUGUUCCUCUUAGGUUCAAAAACCAUGGUUCAAAAAACAUCGAGCUUCCUCCAGUUCUAAUCCUACCAUCGAAUGAAUCGAUCAACCAGUCAUAAAGUCUUCACUUAUUAUUUCUGAUAGUGCGAGAGGAUUGUUGUGUUCUGUGAAAACUGCAAAGACCAUAGUGUAUUUAAUCAUUCUGAGUUACAUUUAAGUGUUAACACAGAAGAACCUUGAUCCCGUUACGACGGCUCGCGAUGCUUCACGCGUCCUACCGAAUUCGCAUCACCUAUCGUCGGCAUCGUGUCCGAUACCUUCUGGAGUCCUCCGACAGGAUCACAUGGGCGUACCUGAGGACCACGAGAGUUAAUUAAAAUGCGAGACCUGAAUGACACCGCAUGCGCUGCUUUGUACAACGGCGUCGAAUGGUCAAGUCUGUGGAACGUAAUUACCCUAAUCGUUCUGGCGAUCAUCGAUGUUAUGGUGGUGGUAGGAAAUGUCCUAGUCAUUCUGGCCGUCUAUUGUACCAGCAAGCUGAGAAACGUGACGAAUAUGUUCAUCGUGAGUCUGGCGGUCGCCGAUCUGAUGGUCGGCGUCGCUGUCCUACCGUUCAGCGCAACCUGGGAGGUCUAUAAGGUUUGGAUAUACGGAAACCUUUGGUGCUCCGUGUGGCUUGCGGUCGACGUUUGGAUGUGCACGGCAUCGAUAUUGAACUUAUGCGCCAUCAGCUUAGAUAGGUACUUGGCUGUGACCAGACCAGUCAGUUAUCCUCAGCUUAUGUCGACGAAGAGGGCUAGACUGCUGGUAGCUACUGUUUGGGUUUCGAGCUUCGUUAUCUGUUUUCCACCUCUAGUGGGCUGGAAGGACAAACGGUCGCAUACCACGUACAAUGACACGUUUCCUCUAUAUGGCCCAUCCAACACCACCACUAUACUCGUGCCAAUGAAGCCAUGCCCAUGGAUCUGCGAACUGACCAACGAUGCCGGUUACGUCGUUUACAGUGCUCUAGGCUCCUUCUAUAUACCAAUGCUGGUGAUGCUAUUUUUUUAUUGGCGGAUCUACAACGCCGCAGUUUCCACGACGAGAGCUAUUAAUCAAGGUUUUCGGACAACAAAAGCCUCGAAAAUGCUUGGCAGCAGGUUCGACGAACAAAGACUGACCUUACGAAUUCACCGUGGCCGAGGUAGCGUCCACAACGGCAGUAACAACGGCAAUUCAAGAAGUCCGGACUCGAGCAGCCGCAGCUCAGUGAAGCGAGAAAAGAUCAAGAUCUCAGUCUCCUAUCCCAGCACUGAGACACUCAACACGAAGUGCAACACCCUCGAAAGAACACCGUCGAGAUGUUCGCAAAUCUCGGUCCAUUAUAGCAACGGACAGACGCAGACGCAGCUUUGUCCAGCCUCGCGAAACACGCAUCUUAAGGUGAAGAGAUUUCGCAUGGAAACGAAAGCGGCGAAGACUUUGGGUAUCAUCGUCGGCGGCUUCAUCUUGUGCUGGCUGCCUUUCUUCACCAUGUAUCUGGUGCGCGCGUUCUGUCCGAAUCACAUCCAUCCAACCGUCUUCAGCGUACUGUUUUGGCUAGGAUAUUGCAAUUCCGCGAUAAAUCCGUGUAUCUAUGCUCUCUUCAGCAGGGACUUCCGCUUCGCUUUCAAGAGAAUCAUCUGCUGCAAAUGCUCCUGCAUACAACGCGCCAACACCUUGCGACGUGGCAGUGACGGCAGUCAAUUGGCAAUGAGGAACGAACGAAGCCCGAGUUAUUCGAUUCGCACGACUCAGCACGGGACCUCCAUCGACGACUCGGAUCCGGAUCCGUCAUUGGAGGCGAGCCAUUCGCAGAGUGAGUCCAGAUGAUUGUAGCGACACGUCCGAGCUGGUACGCAGCGCGUCACCUUCAACCCCCGAUCCUCGAAAGCGAGGAUAUUCUCAUUCUGAUGACGGCAGUGCUCCGAGAGUUGCGCUCGACACUUCCUCGCGACUUUCUUACUGUCAUAACGAUGAGUCGCCACUUAAACGCUUAGUGUGCCAACGUAAAUCAGUUUCUCUAUUUUACCAGACUAAUGUUGCGUCAGCAGUUUCUGUAAGUUAGAACACUCGGGAUGAAGCUGGAAACUCCUAGACUCUCCGUCUCACCGCGAAUGUACGAAAUCGGUAGGUGAGUAAUAGUCAGAUAACAAGCGACAAGUAAGACGGGCGAGUAACAUGCCGUUUGCUUAACUUGUCUCGUUAUUCCAUCGUCGAAAAGAAAAAAAUCGAUGCUUAGCUUGUCUACGUAUAAUCUCGCUACAAUGGCGACUUUAUGCCAGGUCAACAGGACUGUAAUACUCGGAUAGUUUCUUGAGUGAGGUGAGUAAAUAAUUUACUGCUUGAUCUGCUCCCUUGUUAAAUCGCGUGAUCUCGUAAGAAUUUACACAAAGUCAGCAGAGGGAUAAAUCAAGCAGAGGAUUGCUUUCCUCGCUUUUUUUUGUCAUCUACCGUUGGAAGGAAAGGAAAAACAAAGAAAAAGAAAAGCAAGGUAGAUAAUGUGCGAUUUGCCUUUGCACUGUAAUUGCGACGAGGUCGACGAAAACGAAGUACCAGGUGGAGCUUUGCGAUACGCGUCUACGCGGAAUUAGAUUCCAGCGCGAUAGACCCAGAACGCGGCGCUUCAUCUGUAAGAAA